AUUUUAAUAAGUGAAGAAGUGAAUAAGUGAAGAAGCCCCUUAAGUACUUGAGUAAAGACGAGGAUUUCUCCUCCUAUCCAGGAUCUGUCAUGGAUGAAGAGACUCAGCACAGCCUUGAAUGCAUCCAGGCUAAUCAGAUUUUUCCCAGGAAGCAGCUGAUCCGAGAGGAUGAAAACCUUCAGGUCCCGUUCAUUGAACUUCAUGGUGAGAGUACCGAGUAUGUAGGACGAGCAGAAGAUGCCAUCAUUGCACUUUCAAAUUACAGACUUCACAUCAAAUUCAAAGAGUCUGUUGUGAAUGUUCCAUUGCAGCUUAUAGAAAGUGUUGAGUGUCGUGAUAUAUUUCAACUCCAUUUGACUUGCAAAGACUGCAAAGUUAUAAGGUGUCAGUUCUCCACUUUUGAGCAGUGUCAAGAUUGGCUUAAGCGACUGAACAAUGUUAUCCGGCCCCCUUCCAAGAUAGAAGACCUGUUCUCCUUUGCCUACCACGCUUGGUGUAUGGAGGUAUAUGCCAGUGAAAAAGAACAGCAUGGGGAUUUGUGUCGGCCAGGAGAACAUGUAACUUCGAGGUUUAAAAAUGAAGUUGAACGGAUGGGUUUUGAUAUGAACAAUGCCUGGAGGAUUUCCAACAUCAAUGAGAAAUACAAGCUCUGUGGUAGCUACCCCCAAGAAAUCAUAGUUCCUGCCUGGAUCACGGAUAAAGAGCUAGAGAGCGUGGCCAGCUUUCGCUCCUGGAAACGUAUCCCUGCUGUUGUGUACAGGCACCAGAGUAACGGUGCGGUUAUUUCCCGCUGUGGCCAGCCGGAGGUCAGCUGGUGGGGCUGGAGGAAUGCGGACGAUGAACACCUUGUCCAGUCUGUGGCCAAAGCCUGUGCCUCGGAUUCAAGGUCCAACAGUAAUAAGAUAAUGAAUGGAAAUUGUUCCAGAGAUUUCUCCAAUGGAGGGGAUCUCUCUGAUGUGGAAUUUGAUUCCUCAAUCUCUAAUGCUUCAGGAGCAGAGAGUUUGGCAAUUCAGCCUCAGAAGCUUUUGAUCUUGGAUGCACGGUCCUAUGCAGCAGCUGUGGCUAACAGAGCCAAAGGUGGAGGCUGUGAGUGCCCAGAGUAUUAUCCAAACUGUGAAGUAGUGUUCAUGGGGAUGGCAAACAUUCACUCUAUCCGGAAGAGUUUUCAGUCCCUGCGUUUGCUCUGCACACAAAUGCCAGAUCCAGGAAAUUGGUUAUCAGCUCUGGAAAGUACCAAGUGGCUGCAGCACUUAUCCGUGCUGCUGAAAUCUGCGCUGCUUGUCGUUCACGCUGUGGACAGAGACCAGCGACCCGUCUUGGUGCACUGUUCAGACGGCUGGGACCGUACCCCGCAGAUAGUGGCACUGGCCAAAUUGCUGCUAGAUCCGUAUUACAGGACCACAGAGGGUUUCCAGGUGCUAGUGGAGACGGAGUGGCUGGAUUUUGGCCACAAGUUUGCAGAUCGCUGUGGCCAUGGUGAGAAUUCGGAUGACCUAAAUGAGCGCUGCCCGGUGUUUUUACAGUGGCUGGACUGCGUCCAUCAGCUCCAGAGGCAGUUUCCUUGCUCUUUCGAGUUUAACGAAGCAUUCCUUGUCAAAUUGGUGCAGCACACCUACUCCUGCCUCUUUGGUACAUUCCUGUGCAACAAUGCGAAAGAGAGAGGAGAGAAACACACGCAGGAACGGACCUGUUCUGUCUGGUCUUUGCUGCGGGCAGCAAAUAAAGCCUUCAAGAACCUGCUCUACUCCUCUCAAUCUGAAUCUGUGCUGUAUCCAGUGUGCCAUGUGCGAAACCUCAUGCUCUGGAGUGCCGUUUACCUGCCGUGCUCUUCCCCCUCCACACCUGCCGAUGACACCUGUGCCCCAUACCCUGUUCCAGGCUCCAGCCCUGAAGAUCAGCCUCUGGGCAGGUUACCAAAGACAAGAUCAUUUGACAAUCUGACAACAGCCUGUGAUAGCAGCAUGCCUACAACCAAUCGACGCAGUAGCGAUCCCAGCCUAAAUGAAAAGUGGCAAGAGCACCGGAGGUCUCUGGAGCUGAGCAGCCUUGGUAACCCAGGGGAUGAUCCGUUUGAUGGGGACAGCCUGAGCAAACAAGGCAGGGCUCCAGUUGGAGCAGAACUUUCUGUUGCAGCUGGCGUAGCAGAGGGACAGAUGGAGAACAUUUUGCAAGAGGCCACUAAGGAUGAUGUUGCUCUGGAGGAGCACGCAAGGGGUAGUCUAGAGACAGCAGGUAAAGAGGAUGAGAUUGCCCUGGGUAAGGAGAACAGAACUGAAAAUCUGCAGGGGUAUGUCAGUGACAUCUGUGAAAAGACUGAGGUGGAUAAAGGUAUUGUGAUGAACAAUCCAGUGGCAAAUCCACAUCCAGUUUCACAAGGUGCUUCUGAGCUGAAAGGACAACAGGAUGAGCAUACUGAUCUCAGUAGCAUUAUCCAGAAGUUACCUCAGGUGAGAGGACUUCCAACUGUUCCUUUGGAGAGUUUUGUAAAUAGAGAUGCUCAAAAGAACAUGGAGGAAGAUGUUAGCAAGCUUCAAGGAGAAUCAGAGGGUCUGUACAAUGCACCACAGGACAGCCUUCCAAUACCUCUCACAAUCCAACAUGAGGCAAUCACUUCCAACAUUGAAAGUUCGACCGAAACCUUAACAGAGAAUGAAACAAAGCAAGAGCUGAUUCCUAAAGGUCUUUGCCAUAGACCUCGUGUGAUGGACAACAGUGCUGAUGAACUUUCUCGAACUGUUGAAAAUAGGCUGGAGGGGGAAAGCAUGCUAGAACUUCAAAAACUGGGAACAAAAGUAAAUAGGACUUCUGGUAGCAGCAACACACACAUCCCGAUGCCUUCCCCUUGUGCCUUGCCUUUAGCUGAAUGUAAAGAGGAGAUUGUUUGUAAUGGAGAGCUGGAGCCUGAGAACAAGGUGGCAGAGAAGCCUGUGGGGUUUAGAGUUCCCCAGAAAUAUUCUGCGACAAACGGACAUUGUGUGAAUGGAGAGGACGGUAGGAUCAAAGCUUCUCUGAGUCGGCAGGUCUCUACAGCUAGCUGCAGUUCUGCUCAGUUUCACUUGAGGAACUUGCACCAAAAAUGGGUGUCUAGUCAUCUUGGGAAGCAGCAGACAGCCAGCAGCCCAGACCAACCGGCCAGAAGUCACCUGGAUGAUGAUGGGAUGCCUGUCUACAUCGAUGUAAUCCAGCAGCGCCUCGAAGUGGAGACCUUGAAGAAACAACUGCAAGAAUUGAAAAGUCGCCUGGAGAGCCAGUUCCUGAACAGCUCCUUGCGUCUCAAUGGUGAUUAUGGAGAUGAAGUGACUUCUAUACCCGACUCGGAAAGCAAUAUGGAUCAGAACUGCUUGUCUCGCUGCAGCACAGAGAUUUUCUCUGAAGCCAGCUGGGAGCAGGUGGAUAAACAGGACACAGAGGUGACACGAUGGCUUCCAGACCACCUCGCUGCACAUUGCUACGGCUGUGACAGCAUGUUCUGGCUUGCCAGCAGGAAGCACCACUGCAGGAAUUGUGGGAAUGUGUUUUGCUCCAGUUGCUGUAACCAGAAGGUGCCAGUUCCCAGUCAGCAGCUCUUCGAACCCAGCAGAGUCUGCAAAUCCUGCUACAGCAGCUUGCACCCGAGUAGCUCCAGCCUUGAUCUCGAACUGGAUAAACCCAUCACUGCCACGUCAAAUUAAAGCUCCAGCCUAGAAGGAACAGGGGAACGGCCCUGUUGACUCUUCCCCAAACAGACGUGCACAGUCGUGGCGGGAGGAGGCUGGGAGCACUGAGGAGCCAUGCACUUUGGAGUGUGGGGCAUGGAUCCGUGCUCGGCGGGACAGAAAUCUAGGACGAACCACUGGAUUGUGGAAUUCUCCUUUUCCAGUUAUUCCCCCCUUUCCUUUCUGUCCUAUUUGUGUGCGUGCGUGUAUGUAUG